CCCCCCCUUUCUCCCUCGCUUUGCCCAUCUCCUUUCCCCUCUCUCGUUGUUCCCAUUCCCACACCCUCCCGCUCGGGCGCACGUCACCCUCUCUCGUCCCUUCUACCUCUCCUUGUGUCAACAUGUUACCGGUUGAGUCGAGCAUCCAGCAACGAAGGGACGCACUGCUAGAUCGCAUGGUGGCUGCCCUCGUACGUAGCUAUGCCCGGGAGCCCAAUGCUCCAUCGGCCGGAUCCGUGGCCCAUGAUGCGCUUGAGUCCUUUUCCGCCUGGAAUCGGAAGCGCGCCCUGCGUGCUCUCAAUUCGCCGAUAGCCCGGGAGAAUCUGUGGUCUCUCAUGAAGGCAAGGAAUCUUGCUCUCCGGCACCGGGCGAUGACAAAUCAGGCCCACUCUCGGGGGCCGGCGUCGGGCGGGAGCUCCGCCCAGGCAACCACGGGGGAUACGCCGACUGAUGGAUCGGCGCCGAUCGAUUUGAACCUGGCUCGUGAGUACAUUGCCCUCCGGCGGCGAGUUCUUAUUCGUGGCCGGCUGUUGGCCCACACGGAGGCCACCCUCCGGCGGACGCGCGGGUGUAUUGCCACGGCCGAGCUCCUGGCUGACGAGUGUGAUGCCGGCACCUUUGUCCGUUUGCCGACCGGUGGGCGCACCAGUGGUGGACCCGUCACCACAGAUGCCAGGCUGGAUUUGGUCGCAGAUGCAGAGUCCACCGGAUACCUGUUGGCUGUGGCACAAGACCAGCAGACAUCGCACAACUCCACAUCCGGAGCAGACCAAGAACCCUGAGCCGAUCCUGGGAGGCCAAAAUACAGACAACCAUCCAGAA